AUGUCAACCCAGCAUCACCUUGUCACGGAAGCUGCAAUCUAUCAGCGACUGGGACCACACCCCAACAUCACCACGUUCGUCGCCUUCAAAGACGGCAACGUCUACCUCGAAAGACUCCGAUGCACUCUCCGACAACGACUCAUUGAUAUCCAGACCGUGGGAUUGCUUCCCGCAGCUAACCUGCUCCUCCUCUGGGCCUCUCAAGUCGCACAAGCUUUCAAACAUAUUCAUUCUCGCGGAGUCUUCCAAGUCGAUAUCGCCACUUACAACAUGUUGGUGGACUGGUCCGACAACAUCAAGCUGUCGGACUUUGCUGGGUCCAGUAUCGACGGGUCAGAGCCUGCCAUGUGUGCUAGUUUUCGUGCCGAGCAUCCCCGGUGUCUGUCCACUUCUCCCUCGAUCCGUUCUGAGCUUUUUGCCCUGGGGUCUGCAUUUUACGAGAUGGAAACUCUGAAUGAGCCGUAUCAGGAUAAAAGCUACGACGAGAUUGACGAGUUGUAUGUGGCUGAUCAAUAUCCCGACACUGCUGAGAUGGUUCUAGGUGAGAUCAUUCGCAAGUGCUGGCUAAGACAGUAUCAGAGUGCUGAGGAGAUGAUUCGUGAUAUUGACCUGAUACGAAUGCGUCUGGAACAGUCUAAUCCAUCUUCCAUGGAAGGGACUGCUACAAAGGAGAAGAAUACAGAAAAGACCAAUACGGAUUCAGAGGCUCAACCGGAGAUCUAA